UACGCUGUCCCCGCUGCCGCUGACGGUACCGGGAUUGUUCUUAUCACCGCAGCGGUUCCCUCGGUGUAUGGCACUGACAGGAGCCAGGAUGUCCCGCUCGGAGGAGGUGAACCGGCUCACCGAGAAUGUCUACAAGACUAUUAUGGAACAAUUUAACCCUUGCCUUAGGAAUUUCAUUGCCAUGGGGAAGAACUACGAGAAAGCCUUGGCAAGUGUAACGUUUGCAGCAAAAGGCUACUUUGAUGCCCUGGUAAAAAUGGGAGAAUUGGCCAGUGAAAGUCAAGGCUCUAAAGAACUUGGGGAUGUCCUCUUCCAGAUGGCAGAGGUCCACCGGCAAAUCCAGAAUCAGUUAGAAGAAAUGCUGAAGUCUUUUCACAAUGAGUUACUCACACAACUCGAACAGAAAGUGGAGCUGGAUGCCCGGUACCUAAAUGCUGCUCUGAAAAAAUACCAAGUGGAACAGAAGAACAAAGGGGAUGCCCUGGAGAAGUGUCAAGGAGAGCUGAAGAAACUGAGGAAAAAGAGCCAAGGCAGCAAAAACCCUCAGAAAUAUUCAGACAAAGAAAUGCAGUAUAUUGAAGCCAUCAGCAACAAGCAGAGCGAGCUGGAGAACUUUGUAUCUGACGGGUAUAAGACUGCUCUGACGGAAGAGCGGAGGAGGUACUGCUUCCUGGUGGAGAAGCAAUGUGCCGUGGCCAAGAACUCUGUCGGUUAUCACAGCAAGGGUAAGGAUCUGCUGGCCCAGAAGGUUCCUUCCUGGCAACAAGCCAGUGUCGAUCCCAACAAGAUCCCAGACAGAGCUUUACAGAUCAUGCAGCAAAUGGCUACUGGCCCCAAUGGUACAAUUUUAUCAGGACCAUUAUCCGGACCUAUGACCAACUCAAAAUCCAGUCUUUCCAUAUCGGACCCUAUACCAGGUGCCAAACCACUGCCAGUGCCCCCAGAGCUCGCCCCUUUUGUUGGGAGAAUGUCCGCACAGGAGGGCACGCCCAUUAUGAACGGGGUCACAGGACCACCUCCCAGCAGUUAUGAGCACUGGGGAGACAUGAAGCCAAUCCAGUCAAAAAUUUCACCAUCUCAGCCUCACAAGCAGAUAAGCGACUCGUACUCAAACACCCUCCCAGCCCGCAAGAGCGUCCCACCCAAAAACAGCUACACCGUGGCCGAGAACAAGACUUUGCCCCGUUCCAGCUCCAUGGCUGCCGGAUUAGAAAGAAAUGGUAGGACACGAGUGCAGGCCAUCUUCUCACAUGCCGCCGGAGACAACAGCACAUUAUUAAGCUUCAGCAAUGGCGACUACAUCACCCUGCUGGUGCCCGAAGCAAGAGACGGCUGGCACUACGGAGAGAGCGAGAAGACGAAAUUGCGAGGAUGGUUCCCAUUCUCCUACACAAGAGUGUUGGACCGUGGAGGCACAGGAGAUCGUUCACCGAAUUUACAGCCUGGGAAGAGCAGCAGCACUGGGAAUUUGCUGGACAAAGAUGACCUCUCCAUACCUCCUCCAGACUACAACAUGGCCUCCCGCGGUUUCCCUCCACAGGUUGUGAGCUCUUUCAAACCCCGGCCAUACAGCGUGGCGGCACCGGUCUUUUCACAGGCUUACUCUGUGCCCUAUGGGUACACAAUAAACAAGAGUGCCAGCUUUCUGUACCCACAGUCAACGGGACUGUACAAACCUUGUAAGAGGUCUUCACCCGGUUUAGAUGACUACGGGGCGGCGCGUUCCACAAACAGAAAUCCAUUUCUUGAAGUCCAAUUGAAACCCACCAUCACUAACGACCGCUCUGCGCCUCUUGUGAACUGACCUACCUGGGCUGGUCUUGUCUAUACGUGGUGCAACAGGUCCCCUCUCUGCUUUGGUGGUGGAACGAAGUUUGGUGUAUACUGAAGACUGGCGGUCAGUUGAAUGUGUCGCCGCCUCCUCCUCUUUACUGGAUCCCAAUAUAUGCUAGAUCUAUACGACUUCUAUGUAGAAGCUCAAAAUGUGCAUGGUAAAUAUGUCUAGCACGCAGUGGUGGGGAAGGCACUUGGAGCUUAAAGCUUUAUCAUCACUCCAUGAUAUCGGACCACCUCCAACCUAUAGGUGAUCACUCUAAUUAUGGAGACUAGAUAUGGAUAUUUUAUGGUGAGAUGCAUAAUCACAAGACUGUUCAGCAAUCACCUGUAAAACAAAGAGUGGAGGCAGCCAUUUUGUUUGUUGGUGAUAGCAGUGUUUUGUGAUGUUACUAGUCCAGCCUCAAAAUGGCUGCCUCCAGUCUACUUCAUGUAUGGAUGCCUGUAUGGUGACCAGUGAGACUAUACAAUAUGACAGGUGCACAUAUGUAUGUAUCUUAGUUAUGCGCUAUAGAAUGGGUGUAGCUUUUAAUAACCUGCGGUGACAGCUCGGCAGGAUGUCUUCACGUAGAGAAUGCUUGAGCUCAGUGUUAUGUACCCUCCCCCCCCACUAAAUGUUUGAAGGGGCCGGCCCCCGGAGUUUUAAAUGGAGGGGGUAUUGCUCAUAUUCUUCCAUUUUUAAUUUUACAACAAAUACUUAUUCUGAAUUGUAUAAUUAUAAUCAUAUACUAUUUAUUUGCUGGGCAAUGCUAUCUUACUGUAGACGUUCACAGUCACGAUGAGCCAUAUUGUAGUACUGUUAAUGUAAGGGGACAACUUUCAGAAAAUAUGCAUUAAGCGGGUUGUACAGGAUUAACAAAGCAUGGUUACUUCCUUCCAGAAACGGCACCACCCCUGUCCACAGGUUGUAUGUGGUAUUGCAGCAGAGCUCCACAGAAAUGCAAUACCGGACCCAACCUGUGGACAGUUCCGGCCCUGUUCUGGAAGAAAGAGGAUGUAUUUUCUAAUUCCGUAAAGCCUCUUUUUAAAUAUUUAUAGGCUAUGUACACCUUCAGGGGCAAUUUUUUUUUUAUUGCAUUUUUGGGCUAA